AUGUUACAACGCUACUGUAAGAAAUGUUUUACGCGUGUAGGCGUUGGAGAUGCCAAAUACAGCUUAAAGAAUUUGAUUGCCGCCUAUCCUGGACGCCAAUGUGGGAUACGAGCUCUCAUAAAAAUGGCGUGGCUAGAACGCGACAAAUUGUAG